UCUAAGGUAAGACAAUGGGUGAAUAGAGAAAAAGAGAGAGAGAGAAUAGCUGAAUAUAAAGACUACACAACCGUUUCAUGUAUAUAUCAUAUUUUGCACACAAAAGCCAUUUUCUCGAGGAAACAAUCUAGGGAUUGAUUCUUUAAAAAUCUUUGUGAUCAAAUUAAAUGUUUGAAAAAACCAAAAUCACUGCAUGUUCAUCGUUAAUCUAGCAUGUUGAAGCUAUGGAAUUGGUACCAGAAUUGUUUAGCAAAAUAUCCAAUUAGAACCCAGAUGGUGAGCUCAGGUAUCAUAUGGGGCGUUGGUGAUAUGGCUGCUCAGACCGUCACGCACACUACCGCAAAAAAACGCAAUCUAAAUAAUGAAGAAGAAAAGGAGCAGUGGCACAUUAAUUGGAAGCGAGUUGCUAAGACGAGCUUGUUCGGCAUCGGAUUUGUGGGCCCCGUCGGUCACUUCUGGUACGAUUGGCUGGAUAGCUUCAUCAGGCUGCAGCUGAAGCUACACCCGAAUUCGUUGCAUUUCAUCGCGACGAAGGUAGCACUCGACGUGCUGAUCUUCGGGCCGAUGGACUUGCUCUUCUUCUUCACCUACAUGGGGUUCUCUUCGGGGAAAUCCGUCUCCCAGGUGAAGGAGGAGUUGAUGCGCGACUUCAUUCCGGCCGUCAUCCUAGAGGUGACGCUGUGGCCGUUCAUCCAGAUCGCCAACUUCCGAUUCGUCCCCGUCCGGUACCAGCUCCUCUACGUCAACAUCUUCUGCUUGUUGGACAGCUGCUUCCUCUCGUGGAUCGAGCAGCAGGAAGAGGACCUUCCCUGGAUGGAAUGGUGUAGGUCGUUCCUGCCCUCGGACGAGGCGGAGGCCAAGUCAAUCAUGCUUGUGUCCGUAGACAAAACGGAGGCCGAGGCCGAGUCCAGAUCGUUCUUGUCUGCAGACGAGGCAGAGGAGAAGGGGUAACCGCCGUCUCCGUCUCCCCUGUCAGAACAAAUGUGGAAAUUCAACUAGAGCAGAUCAUAUAUAGUUCAACUUGUGAAUGUAAAUAACUCCCAUCAAUUUCUCCCAAUAAAAGCUACUCCUACCAUCCAAGACAAAA